CUUAUUAUUUUCUUUGCUUUAAACUUUUUGAGAUGAAAAUGAGGUCAGUUUGUAGUAAGUUAGGAGUUGUAGCUGUUGCGUUUUUGUUUGUGCUAGUGUUGGGAUUAGCUGAAUGUAGGAAAAUUCAAGAAGAUGAAUUUCCUGAACUGCAUGGAGGUGGUGGUGGAUUUGGUGGAGGAGGAGGUUCUGGAGGAGGACUUGGGAGUGGAGGUGGUAUAGGUGCUGGUGCUGGUGCUGGUGGUGGCUUUGGAGGAGGCAAAGGUGGUGGUAUUGGAGGUGGAGGAGGUUCUGGUGGGGGUUUUGGAGGAGGAAGCGGUGGAGGGAUAGGAGGAGGAGCUGGUGGUGGCUUUGGAGGAGGCAAAGGUGGUGGUGUUGGAGGAGGUUCGGGUGGUGGUUUUGGAGGAGGCAAAGGUGGCGGAAUAGGAGGAGGUGCAGGAGGAGGAUCCGGUGGUGGUAUUGGAGGAGGUUCAGGUGGUGGCUUCGGUGGAGGCAAAGGUGGUGGAGUUGGAGGAGGUUCGGGUGGUGGUGCUGGUGGUGGCUUUGGAGGAGGCAAAGGUGGCGGUGUUGGAGGAGGUUCAGGUGGUGGUGCUGGUGCUGGUGGUGGCUUUGGAGGAGGUAAAGGUGGAGGUGCGGGAGGAGGAGCCGGUGGUGGUGUUGGUGGAGGCAAAGGUGGUGGUGUUGGAGGAGGUUCAGGAGGUGGUGCUGGAGGUGGUGCUGGAGGAGGUUCUGGUGGUGGCUUUGGAGGAGGCAAAGGUAGUGGUAUCGGAGGAGGUUCAGGUGGUGGUGGUGGUGUUGGAGGUGGAGUUGGAGGAGGUUCGGGUGGUGGUGCUGGUGGUGGCUUUGGAGGAGGCAAAGGUGGUGGUAUCGGAGGAGGUUCAGGUGGUGGCUUUGGAGGAGGCAAAGGUGGUGGUGUUGGAGGUGGAGUUGGAGGAGGUUCGGGUGGUGGUGCUGGUGGUGGCUUUGGAGGAGGCAAAGGUGGUGGUAUCGGAGGAGGUUCAGGUGGUGGUGGUGGUGCCGGUGGUGGCUUCGGUGGAGGCAAAGGUGGAGGUGCAGGAGGAGGAGCAGGUGGUGGCUUUGGUGGAGGUGCAGGGGGUGGUGCUGGUGGCGGCUUUGGAGGAGGCAAAGGUGGAGGAGCUGGUGGUGGUGUUGGAGGAGGAGCCGGUGGCGGUUUUGGAGGUGGUGUUGGAGGAGGACAAGGUGGUGGUGGUAAGGGAGGCGGGGGCUUUGGAGGUGGAGCAGGAGGGGGAGGAGGAAUUGGAGGCCGACAUUGAUUCCAAUAAUUGGUGAUCUUUUAUCAUGAUGCUAGCCAGUGUGAGACAUGAAGAGUCGCAAAAGUUUAUAUGUACCAAAAGCAAUGAUGAUCAUAUUAUAGCAAACUAUGAAUGAAAUAAGUUAAAGCAACUUUUAUU